AUGUGGGAAUCGAUCUGUUUAACGUUGGCAGCCACCGCCGGUAAUAACAUCGGCAAAGUUCUUCAAAAGAAGGGCACUGUCAUUCUGCCUCCUCUCUCUUUCAAACUCAAGGUGAUAAGGGCAUAUGUUGCUAAUAAAGCUUGGAUCAUUGGUUUUCUUAUGGAUAUAUGUGGUGCAUUGUUGAUGUUGAGAGCAUUAUCUCAAGCUCCUGUAUCUAUUAUCCAACCAGUUUCUGGUUGUGGACUUGCUAUUCUUUGUGUCUUUUCCCAUUUUUACCUAAAGGAAGUCAUGAAUGUCAUUGAUUGGAUGGGAAUCACUUUGGCAGGUAUUGGCACUAUAGGAGUUGGUGCUGGAGGUGAGGAGCAAGAGGCUUCGCCCAUAUCUAUUUUUCAGUUGCCCUGGCUGGCGUUGCUUGUUGCCAUCUUGUUUGUAGCUUCACGGUUGCCUUUAUAUGCUAGCAUGGCUGACUCUAGAGAACAACUUAUAGUUGGAAGUUGGCUUAUUGACUUUGUAGAGUUGGUGUCAAUUCUCAGCAUGAGCAAUUCUUUUGGUAGAAAAUCCUGUAUUUCAUGCAAGAAUGUUGCAUAUGGAAAUGAAUUAUCACUUUCUAAAACAGAAGUUACAAGGAAUGUUAGUUUUGCAGAAAAUCAUUAUGGAAGUCCAAGUGCUGAAAUUUUCAUUAAAGCACUCAGUGGUAACAUUGCAAAGUUUCAAUUGCGACUUGUCCUCAAUGGAUGGCUUCGGAUGUACAGACGUCAAAGAAGAGCACAUGAGACGAUGGACUAUGAAGUUGUUGAGGAAAUUAUAUAUGGCUUGGAAUCUGGCAUUUUGUUUGGGUAUGAUCCCUGGCAGAACGUCUUUGUUUGGGCAUUUACUCGAGGUCUAAAGCAUGGAAGGGCAAUUGUGGUGUCUACAUGUGCUGCUGUGGCAUCAAUAGUGACUGGUGUACUUGCUGGAAUGCUUGCUUUGGGAGAACAGUUGCCUUCAGCACCAGCUGCUCGUUUUUCUCUUCUGCUUGGAUGGCUGCUUAUCGUAGUGGGUGUGAUUUUACUCGUGAGUUCAACUUGGCUGCUGCGACAUCUUCCACCACCAUUGCGUCGUUUCAUACGAGGUAGUGCUGAUCGAAAUUUCAGUCUGAGUCGAUCAGGAUCUCUCCGACUUAAGGAUCCAAACCCAACUGCCGUUAUUCAUGCAGCAACUUUGCAUCAAUUGAUAUCAUCUCCAUCUAAAGAGAAGGCUUGA